UUCCGGAGUAAAGCGGCGAGGAGUGGGUCACUAAACACAAUCUUGUGAUCUUGGUUAUUCCAUUUUGAUGCGAUCGAUGAGGAAGGACAGGAGAGAGAGGGAGAGAACGCAAGCACACAUACACAACACACAUACACAGCGCACACACACACACAGCGCGACAGCAGCAGCAGCAGCAGCGGCAAGCAAGCAAGCGCUGCCCGCAUUAUGCUGCUAGCCAUGCUCCAGAAUGACACCAAAAGACAAGCCGUUUGCAACGCAUACCUGGAGCCCGACCUGGAGCCCUUCCAGGGUGCAGAGGUCCAGAGUGGAGAGGGGAGCACCCAGCUGGACUGCCACCACACCACUGCCAACUUGGUUCUGCAGGAUCUGGGAGGGAGUGGCUCAUCCCACAACAGCCUAGGCUGGUCCACCAGCCAGGCGGGCGAGGAGAACCUUCUGCAACAAAGGGUCCUGCCCACCGCCAUGCUUCUGCCCAAGAUGGUCCACCUGGGGCCUCUCUUCGGAGGAGGGACCUACCCUUCAGCCCAUCAGAUGGGGCUGUCCCAGCAGCACAGGCAGUCACCGCUCAGCCAGCACCAACACCCCCACCAAGCGACCUUCACCCAGAGGAACGGCUUCAGCGGGCAGCAACAGGCCUUCAGGGCGUACAACUGGGGAGGCCACCAGCAGCAAGGUGGUGGCGGUGGAGGUGGAGGUGGUGGCGGAGUCUGGGGAUCCAUCAACACUACUUGCAGCAGGGGCUUGAGAAGAUCGAUGGGAGUCUCGAACUCGAUUCCCUCCUGCUCCUCCAAGAGGCCCUUCUCCAGCCAUGUCCUGUUGCCCCCAAAGUUGAACAGAAGCCGCCCAGGAUUAACCCCCAAAUCUUGGAUGGAAGACAACCCAGUGAACACAGAUGGCAAUAGCAACUGGCUGCCACAUCAGCAGGUCCAGAUUAGGCCGUGGAGUCUGAGCGACAGUGACUUUGUGCUCGAUGGAUCCCAGCCUCUGGAUCCCAGGAAGACUGUCUUUGUUGGUGGUGUCCCUCGGCCACUGAAAGCUGUCGAGCUGGCCAUGAUUAUGGACCAGCUGUACGGAGGCGUCUGCUACGCUGGCAUCGACACCGACCCCGAGCUGAAGUACCCCAAGGGUGCGGGCAGAGUGGCCUUCGCCAACCAGCAGAGUUACAUCGCCGCCAUCAGUGCCCGCUUCAUCCAACUACAGCACCGGGACAUCGACAAGCGGGUGGAGGUGAAGCCCUACGUGCUGGUGGACCAGCUCUGCGACGAGUGCCAGGGCGCCCACUGCAACGGCAAGUUUGCCCCCUUCUUUUGCGCCAACAUCACCUGCCUGCAGUACUACUGCGAGUUCUGCUGGACCAGCAUCCAUUCGCAAGCUGGGCGCGAAUACCACAAGCCACUGGUGAAGGAGGGAGGCGAGAGGCUUCGGCAGCUGCCCUUCCGGUGGAGCUAAGACUCGUAACCGCCACCACCAACACCCCUCCGAGGGGCGCAGCCACCCGCCGCGAUUUGGCGGCUCUCGGUUAACUUGCCGAACCCAUUAUUUAGUGUUUGUGCACCAAAAUUUUCUUACCCAGUAUAUCUUUUGAUUAAUUUUUUUGUUUUAAUUUUAAGCAGAAAAGUCUGGUUUUUGGGGGUGGACACCCAGUGUGAUGGGUUGGAGGGUGUGAUCUGUGCUUCAGUUCUCGGAACAGUGAGGGAGGGGACUCG